UCACCCUCGAGGUUAAUCCUUGAAGAAAGCUGUCGGCUUCAAGUAUAAGCCAUCUCCCCCUCGCCGGAAAACAUGGAAAGCCCAACUCCCUUCACCUCUCCCGGCGAAAUCAACUCCACUUUAUCGAGCAUCCUUCUCUCCGGCACCAACGCCAUCGACUCUAUCUUCUCCCACCUUCCGCCGCCGACCACUCUCUCCCCUACAGCAGAGCCUCUCGGCUCCUCCGUCUACCUCCGCCAGACCGAGCUCCUCCUCCGCUUCGGCUACCAGAACCGUGUUGCGGCGGCUGCAGCAGAAGAAGCAGCAAUGAAGAAGAAGAAGAUGUACAGAGGAGUAAGGCAACGUAAUUGGGGCAAAUGGGUCGCCGAGAUCCGGCUGCCGCAGAACAGGAUGCGGCUGUGGCUCGGUACCUACGACUCAGCUGAGUCUGCCGCAUAUGCUUACGACCGAGCUGCGUACAAGCUUCGCGGCGAGUACGCGCGGCUUAACUUCCCAGAGCUCCGUGACGCCGGCGUUGACUGCUCUGAUAAACUUCGCGCGCUUCGUUUAGCUGUGGAUUCAAAGAUUCAAGCUGUUUGUCAGCGGCUCUCAAAGCAGAGGAGGCUUAAAAGAAGCGGCGGCGUUGGCGAGAGAGUGGAGAAGAAGGGGGAGGAGAGGAAGACGACGUCAGAGUCGCCGUUCUCUGUCUCUGUAAAUCAGAGCUUAAUUAUGGCUGAAGUUGGAGGGGAGAUGGACGGCGGGGAGUGCUCGUUGGCGAGGAUGCCUUCUUUUGAUGUCGAGCUAAUCUGGGAAGUACUCGCUAAUUAGCCAAAAAGAAAAGCAAUUUUGUAAAAGAUCUGCGCUUUAGAGCAACAAGUUUGUUCUUAAUAUUAUAAAUUUGAAUCUGAUUUUUUUUUUUUAAA